AUGCGCAUUCUCGACAUUACCGUUGCUCUUUCGAGCCUGGCAUUGUUUGCCGCGGCUGCUCCAGCUCCUUUUGGCAAGAAUCAACUGCCUGAUGGAAUGCCCUCCCCGAGUCCCGACCAGGUGAAGCUUAUCGAGCAAGCUGCUCAUGGUACUCUGCCAAAUGGUCCUCCUCCACCAGUGAUCAGCAGCGAGGGCAUUGUGAAUCUGAAGUUGAUUGCAUUCAACGAGCUCUUUGAAGUUGCAUUCUUCAAUGAGCUUAUCACAAACAUCACCAACAAAGUCGAGGGCUAUGACAUUGAUGAGGAGGAAGACCAUGUCAAGGUCUUGGAUGCCUUGAAGGCUAUUCUUGCCCAAGAGGAACUUCAUGCUCUCCGUGCCAACGAUGCCUUGGAACACUUCAAGGUGAACAAGAUCCAGCCUUGCGAGUACACUUUCCCCAUUUCGGACUUCAAGUCUGCCAUUGCACUCGCUGCGACUUUCACCGAUGUCGUCUUGGGUACCCUGCAGGAUGUGGUGGAACGCUUUGCCCUCGGGCGUGAUGUCGAUCUCGCUCGCGAGAUUGCCUCCGUCAUUGGUCAGGAAGGUGAACAACAGGGAUGGUUCCGUGCAAGCCAGGGCAAAAUCCCCAGUGAACUGCCUUUCUUAACUACCAGCGACCUCAACUUUGCCUUUACUGCCAUCCAAGACUUUGUUGUGCCAGGUAGUUGCCCCAAUAUCAAUGAGAUCCCCUUGCGAACCUUCGAAGGCUUGAAGAUUCUUUCGACUCCCGGCCCUCAGGAUCAAAACAUCACUGUCCAGUUCAACGAUCCCGAUCAUGAGGCUGACCACUCGCUGUGGUUGACUUAUAUCAACCAGCAGAACCUGCCCAUCGUGGAGCCACUCCGCUUCGUCAGUCGGAACGGCAAGGAGGUUCAGGCGGAGGCUCUUUUCCCCUUCGAAGAGAAUGAAAUGAAUGGGUUGACUAUCGCUGCAGUGACCAAGUCUAGUGGUCCUUUCACUGAUGCAAGCAGCGUGGCUCAGUGGACCCUCGCUGGGCCUGGCUUGAUCAUUGUCAACUAA